UUUGCGUAAUAAGGCAAUGUAAGGAGGAUCUCUCGCUCGGGGUCGCUCGUGUGCGUGUUCGAUCGUCGAUCGUACAGGGCCGAAGAACGGAACUUGUCUUAAUAAAGUGAAAGUUGAAGUUUGAUUAAUCUUGAAGACUGGACCACUGAAAUCAGUGACGUAACAAAAUGGGCGGCGCUAGUUCCACAACAGUUCAGGCAUCCACCACCCUUGCCACAACCAUCAUACCAUCACCCACAUCGACAGAAGAUAACCCCGCAACUACCAGAGUAACCUCGAGUACAUCGCCCCCGAAAGAAUGCCCCAUGCACUCUAGUCGAAAAGACGAGCAGUUAGACAUUCGGAAAAUGGCUAAGACUGGACAGAUACCCAGCGGAUGUCCAAUGCACAAGAAGGAAGGGGCUGAAGUGAUGACCACGGGGGCAGCGGUCAGCGAGUGUCCAAUGACAGGCGCUUCAUCCCCUGCACUGAUGACCGACAGCAGAACUGAUGACAUCGACCCACUGAACAUGAUGCCGCCCCCAAACCAAAGACCCGCCCCCGACCAGCCCUUCUCCCUCUCCACCGACCGACAAGUCUCCAACAUCCCUAAGGGCAACAAGGACGGGGAGCACUGGGUCUACCCCUCGGAGCAGAUGUUCUGGAACGCCAUGCUGCGGAAAGGCUGGCGCUGGCAGCCGGACGACAUUUCGCAGGGCGACAUGCACAACAUCAUCAAGAUCCACAACGCCAACAACGAGCAAGCCUGGCAGGAGGUGCUCAAGUGGGAAGCGCUGCACGCCAAGGAGUGCGGCGACCCCAAGUUACAAAGCUUUGGAGGAAAGUACACUGCCCUUUCACCAAGAGCCAAGUACAGAAUGUGGCUCGGUUACGAACGCCCAUUUGACCGCCAUGACUGGAUCGUUGAUCGGUGCGGCAAGAAGGUCCGCUACAUCAUUGACUACUACGACAGCGGCGUGGUGGACACAGACACCUACAAGUUUGCCCUGUUAGACGUGAGGCCGGCACUAGACUCGCCCGGUGCCGUUUGGGACCGCAUGAAGGUGGCUUACUGGAGGUGGAUGUACGAUGCAAAAGAUGAUGGAGUUUAGUUAAUACACUGCUGUCAUUAAGUUUGGAAUGAUUUAAGUUAUUUGCAAGUUUCGAAUUGGGGAUUUGAAAUGGAGGUUGCUUGUCCAAUCAGACUUUAUAAGUAUGUUCGGUUUCACAUGUUUUUUAUUUAAUGUUAACAAGUUAAUGCACCCCUCGCUCUAUGUUUAAGAAUGAGAAUACAUGUAGGACAAAGAAGUUUUAUUGAGGCAUUCGCAAUUUCCCUUACAAUAUGAACCUGUUUUUUUUUAGCUGUCUCAUAUUUAUUCGUUUUACAGGUUGAUGAUUUCCAUGAUUUUCAUUUCCAUGUUUAUCAGAAAGUGUCUUUGUUAUUAUCAUUAGAAAUCUCCAAUUAUUAUCUUUCAUCAAUGAGUGUAAAUAGGAAAUUCAAUUUUCCAUUUUUUGUUUUCAAAUUGUUUGAUUUUGGUUUUUUUAACACUAAAAUAUUACUUUUAGUUUAUUAUGCCAUUUCCAGACUUUGUUUUAAAUUGACAAUAUCAUCCCUAGUUACUACCAGUA